AUGCAUGAGCCGCCUGUAUUGUUGACUCCCUUGGUCCCGAACACCCAGAACCCCCACCUAUUCGAUGCAGCACUCUACAAGCGCGCGGCAGUUGAAUAUGCUCGUAUUGAGGAGGAAUACAAGCGAACUUGCAAGCUGCCCUCAGUGCCGCCUCCUGCCACAUCGACAAUGUCAGCAGAUGCGGACCCGGGAGGCGACAAGGCUCCCUGCAUCCCCCCUCCACCGUCAGAGCGCCUUCUUGAUGAUCCUACCGUCUGGCUCCUGAACAGUCGGUCCCUGCAGUCAAAACCAGCCCGCUACUGCGUGCAAGCCGAGUGGGCAGCCACGUACUGCUCUGCGGAGUUCCCCAUACCCGCCGAACAGCCAUGCCCAUCAUCAGAUGCACGAUCUGAAGACUCGUAUGCGCCCUCCGAGUACACAUUGGAUGCGGAGGAUGACAUGAGCCUUCCCUCGAAUGAUACCUAUGCCACCGACCGCUCUGCGCCCGAUUCAGAAUGGGAGAUUGACGAGGACAAGCUGGAGGUUUUCAAGCUCGAAGCUUUGCAGGCGGCGGAGUCCAGUUCUACAGCGCUGCUGUCCGCGCCUGAUGCGUUGCCGCAGACGUCUCUAGCCUCGCCCGCAUCCGAUGCGUCGCCGCAGGUGCCUCCAGCCUCACCUGCGCCUACUGCUCGCCCGAGUCUGUCGAUGCGUGCCGCCGAGCGCUGCGCGCGCAAGCGGAAGGCACAGAAGAUGAAGAAAGGAACCGAUACUGCUUUUGAGCCCUUCCUCUCUUAUCAGUAUCGCAAAGCUCCGACAGUCACUCAGGCAGCAGAACUACAAACUCACAUCAUGAACACCUAUCUAUGA